AUGGUGGGGGCGUUAAUUUCGUCAUCAGUGGACCGGCCCCUUUUUCCUAGGCGGCUUGGCAUCGAAAAGCCACAGAUUGCCGCGGGCCUGGGCGGCUGUCUGUCCGUCCACCGGCAAAUGGCCCUCGCUUGCCCUGCCAUCGCUUCCCAAAUAUUGCCUCUGUCUGGACCAGGAACCAUAAUCCGGAUGCCCUGGAAUUAA